AUGGAUCCCGACAACCUCCGCGAUCACACUCUAUGGUGGAUCGGCCCUCCGUGGUUGCAAGCUAACGACGAUAAAUGGUCAGAGUUACCGAAUUUCGAAACUCCAGUGCUACCGAAAGACGUUGAUACCGAGCGACGCGCUUCAAUCACUCUAUGCGCGACUUGUGCAUCAAGUUCAUGGGAUCUACAGUCUCGAUUAUCUUCAUGGACUAAAUUACUUCGAGUUACCGCCUAUAUCUUCCGAUACAUUCAAAACUUGAAAUCUAAGCGUGAGAAAACGAACAAUACUCACAUUGCUACCAAGCGAAAUGUAUAUGCCCUCCAUCCUCACGAGAUACAAAUUGCCAAAACAUUUUGGAUCAAACAGAUUCAAACUCAGCUGUUUGCCACAGAGCUCGCAAGUCUUUACAAAAACCAAGUCGUGCCUAAAUCCAGCCCGUUGGCGUCGCUCUCUCCCUAUUUAGAUUCCAACGGAUUAAUCCGUGUCCAAGGACGGUUAGGCAAGUCACGCCUUCCCGAGGACACAAAACAUCCAAUCAUUUUAAAAUCACAUCCUUUAGUAAAUACAUUAAUCACUCAUACUCAUGUUCACGCACUUCACGCUGGUCCUCAGCUUACGCUUGCAAUUUUACGACAAAAUUACUGGCUGCUCCGCGCCAGAGCUACGGUGCGUUCCGUGCUCUAUCGUUGUAUUACUUGCACGCGACACAACGCUCGCAUUCCCGAGCAAUUUAUGGGCGAACUUCCCGACUUUCGUGUCAAUCCAAAUUCACGAGCCUUCGUUCAUACCGGUGUCGAUUACGCGGGUCCGUUGCUUGUUCGCCUAGCCAAAGGCCGUGGCCAUAAAUCACAAAAAGCAUAUAUCGCGGUAUUCAUUUGUAUGACCACCAAAGCCUUACACUUAGAAUUAGUUUCCGAUUAUUCAACGGCGUCAUUUUUAGCUGCGUACCAACGCUUUCUCGCGCGCCGCGGAACUCCGACUUCAAUGUAUUCCGACAACGGUACCACGUUUCAAGGCGCUGAUAAAGAAAUGACUGCAUCCUUCCAAGCCGCCACGCGAAACCCUGAAUUUCAAAAUUAUUUAGCUACCGAGAGCGUGUCCUGGCACUUUUUACCUCCAGCGGCACCUCAUUUCGGCAGUCUUUGGGAGGCUGCAGUCCGCAGUGUCAAGCACCACCUUAAACGUUCGAUCGGCACUCACACGCUUACAUUUGAAGAAUUAAGUACGCUGUUGUGUCGAAUCGAAUUGUUCCUCAAUUCCCGACCGAUUGCCUCUGUCACCGAUUCGAUCGAUGAUUAUUGCGCGCUAACCCCGGGUCAUUUUCUGAUCGGCUCCACCUUAAUCGCCGCUCCAGAACCAAGCGUCCUCGAAUUAGCGGAGCAUCGAUUGUCUCGAUGGCAACUCGUUCAACAAAUUAGCGAACGCGUCUGGAAGGCGUGA